AUGUAUAAAGUUAAUGUGGAUGGCGCUAUCUCAAAUGAUGGUCGACCCUCCAGCAUUGGAGUGAUCAUCAGAAACAGCAAAGGAGAAACCGUUGCUGCCCUUUGUAUGCCCCUCCCUAGUGAGUACUCUAUCUUGGAGACCGAAGCCAUUGCAGUUGAGAAAGGUGCUCUUUUAGCCAAGGAAAUGGAGCUGCAGCAAGUCAUCUUUGAAUCCGAUGCCCUAUCAGUUGUUAAUAGUGUAAAUGCUGGUGACAAAAGUGGCUGCAAUGGCCAUUUGUUCCACGGUAUUAGGAGCAUUCUUAACUCCUUCAAUUCCUGGCAGUUCAAGCAUCAGAAAAGGGCCUACAACAAGGCUGCCCAUGAGUUAGCUCAACAUGCUAAAUGUUAUGGCACCAAUCAAGUUUCGAAAGGUGUUUCACCACCUAUGGUGCAACACAUUGUCCAAUCUGAUUCUAGUUAG